AUGCAAGUUCUUUUACUCGGCGGUCACGGCAAAAUUGCCCUCCACCUAACGCCGCUCCUCCUCAAGCGGGCCUGGAACGUAACCAGCGUCAUUCGCAACCCCGACCAUGAAAGCGAGAUCUUAGCCUUGGGCAAGGGUCUGAAGGGCAAUAUCAAAGUACUAGUUUCAAGUCUAGAUGACGUGAAGAGUGCCUCAGACGCUCAGAAGAUUAUCGACACCGUCACGCCGGACUAUGUCGUCUGGUCAGCUGGCGCCGGCGGCAAAGGCGGACCUUCCCGAACAAUCGCAAUCGACCAAGAAGCCGCCAAACACUUCCUAACAGCCUCCUUCGCCACUCCAAGCGUAAGCAAAUUCCUCAUGAUCUCCUACCUAGGCAGUCGGCGCAACCAGCCGUCCUGGAUGCCCGACGACGAAUGGGCGGGCAUCGUGAAAACGAACACAGAAGUGCUGCCGACAUACGCGAAAGCCAAACAAGAAGCCGACGAGUACAUGACUGCGUUGGCUGCGGUUCGCAAGCGUGACCCGACCCGGCCGUUUCAGGCUAUUAAUCUGCGGCCGGGGCUUUUGACGGACCAGCCUGCGACGAGGAAGGUGGAGCUGGGGAUUACGGGGAAGGGGAGGGGGAGUGUUACGAGGGAGGAUGUGGCUAUUGUUGCGGAUGGGUUGUUGGCGAGGGCUGAUGUGGAGGGGUGGAUUGAUCUUGUUAAUGGGGAGGAGGGGGUGGAGGAGGCUGUUGAGCGGGUUGCGAGGGAGAGGGUUGAUGCUGUUGUUGGGGAGGAUGUUGAGGCCAUGGUGAAGAGGUUCUUCCCUUGA